CUAGCGAGCGGGCGCAAACACCUGGACGCGGAGGCCCAUAAUAAAUCAACUCAAAUUUAAUGACCUGUAUAACACAAUUCCCAACGUGUCAAUAAAGCAACAAUCAAUAUUUGUGCAGCCGGCUCAACACGCUUUUGGCCAAAACAAAUCGGAGUUCGAAGAAAAUGAAGCGUCUUUUGUUGCUGCUGCUAGGAUUGCUGGCCAAACCUCUGCAUGCAGCUGUGGAGACUUCGAUAAGCUAUGAGAAGGCACGCCAGGCAGUGCUCAAUGCCGAGGAGCAGCUGAUGACUGGCGGCCGUACCAGUCUGAACGAGAAGGAGACUCAAGUGGACGAUCUCUUCAUGCAGUACAAGCUGGGCGAAUUGGCGCAGGGCUUCAGGAACGCCGAUCAGAACGUGGCUGGCAUGCAUUUCUUUAAGGCUAAGCCUCUGAUCGAUCGCAGUUCCGUCUUUAAAUUUGUGCAGCAGAUGCCAAAGGGCGCUGUGCUCCACUUGCAUAACACCGCAGCGGUCAGCUCCAAGUGGGUGGUGCGAAAUAUGUCAUAUAUGCCGGGCAUGCUGCGCUGCACCGACGCCGAGGGACACAGCGUCCUGAGCUUUCGACGCGCCGUCAAGCUUCAUAAAUGCACUUCGCAAUAUGUGUACGUGGCGGAUGAGAGGAGGAGCUCCAUUGAUCCGAUGCUGUACGAUGAGAACCUGGAGAGACUCAUCAAUUUAUAUACGCCCGUGCCGGAACUCGAAUAUCCCACGAUAACUGCCGUUUGGACCAAGUUCCAGGGAAUGUUUGAUACCUUGACGGAAGCCAUCUACUACCUGCCCGCAUAUCGUGCCUACCACUGGCAGCUGCUCGAGGAGCUCUACAAUGACAAUGUGAUGUAUGCGGAGCUGCGCAUUAGCCUCAAAGAGCUCUACGAUGCCAGCGGACGCACCUUUCCCAAGGAGCAGGCCGUGCGAGAGCUGCAGGUGCUAAAUGAGAAAUUUAUGCGUUUGCAUCCCAAUUUCAUUGGCAUCAAGGUCAUCUACGCCGUGUGGCGCGGCGCAGAUGCGGAGAAGCUGAGGCAAAACAUAAAGGAAUUCCGGAUGCUACAGGAGACCUUUCCGCAGUUUGUGAUUGGCUUUGAUCUGGUGGGGCAGGAGGAUAAGGGAAAGCCUCUCUAUGAACAGCUGGCAGUCUUAAAGGAACUGCCGCCCAAUACACGAUUGUUUCUACACGCAGGCGAAACGAAUUGGUACAGCGCCUCGACGGAUAUUAAUCUGCUGGACGCUCUGCUGCUGAACACUACACGGGUUGGUCACGCCUUUGCUCUGGUCAAGCAUCCCAUACUGAUGAACGCCGUCAAGACGAGAGGCAUAGCCGUGGAAUUGAAUCCCAUAUCGAAUCAGGUGCUACACCUGGUCUGGGAUAUGCGCAAUCAUCCGGGUGCACAGUAUUUGGCACUAGACGUGCCUGUGGUCAUUUGCAAUGAUGAUCCCGGCUUUUGGAAUGCCAAAGGCUUAAGCUACGACUUCUACUACGCGAUCAUGAGCAUGGCGCCCAACAAUGCCGGGCUCCGAGUGCUCAAGACUCUAGUUUACAACUCUGUGCGCUACUCGACGCUCACGGACAGAGAACGGCAACGGGCAUACCAAGUGCUCGACUAUAGCUGGUCGCUAUUCAUGGACAAAGUGCUGCAGGGCAAGGUUUUUUAAAGAACCUGUUAAAGACAAGAAACACUACGAAAAAUUUAAUAGUAUAUUUAACUAUUGCGAAAUGAUUACUAUUAUUAAUAUACUUAACACUAUAAAACAUAAUUCACUGAUGACCGAGGCAACAGCAGCUGGAUAAACUACAAUUAUUACAUUAUAAUAG